AUGGCCAGUCCAGCUCGUGUAAAGGUGCCCAAGAAAAGCAUCGUUUCUGAGGCUACUCGGGAGCGCGAGACGUUCAGGUACGACGACUCGCUUUUCACCAAUGUGCGCUUCAACGAUACUGGAUUGCCUGUUCCGAGCAAUGAGCUCUCCACGUGUCCCGAUGUCAUAUUGACGGCUCUGGCUCGUCUAGCAGCUUCUCAAACUGGUGCAGCGCGCGCAAUGAUCUCAUUGUUUGAUCAGACUCAUCAGUAUAUCAUCGCGGAAGCUUCAUCGAUAACCCCAUUGAUUCCAAGCUUGGGACCGGACGGUCACCCGGAAACUCUUUGGCAUUGUGGAACUGCAAUCCCGCGAUCACAUAGUGCUUGUGAAAGCACGUUAUGCUCCGAUGAAAUUCAAUCAGAUGAAUCUGGACCAAGGGUCAACCACGACUUGCCCGUCAUUGUAGUUGAUGAUGUUACUCUCGAUCCCGAGUACUCAACUAAACCGUACUGUCGACCUGGAGGCGCCGCAAGAUUUUACGCUGCAGUUCCAAUUCGCACAGAUCGAGGUGUCAAUAUUGGAGUUAUCUGCGUAAUCCAUACCGAACCUUCGUUGCCAUGGGAGGAUAGACAUUCAAGACUUAUGAGAGAGCUUUCAAGAGCCGUGACAGAACAUCUCGAGACCAUCAGCCUGAGAAGCCACCAACGAAGGAGCGAAAGAAAGAGCUGGGGUUUGACAAGUUUUGUUGAGGGGAACACAGCACCUCUGAGCCAAGUCUCCUCUACCGGACGAGAGUAUGCAGAGCAUGAGACGAGAGGUGACGGUAUUGCCAGUUAUACAAGGCCAAGAAUCGACGACUUGCAGCAAGCUUUGGGAGGAAUGAGUGUCAGAAACUCGAUUGCCACAGCCGACUCCCAAACGAAAAACGCUCUUCACACCAAAGAUGUUAUCGUGUGCGCUCCUCAGGCCAGAUCGAAGUUUGCCCAUGACCCAAGCCAGCUCCUCGAAACUCCAAAGCAAAUCUUCUCAAAAGCAGCCUCAAUCGUCAAGGAUUCUAUUGAGACUGAUGGGUGUUUGUUCCUCAAUGCAGACAUGCUGGAAUUUUCAAGUGCAGGCUCUUCCACAGAAUGGAUAGACGAGGACCUGGCGACUCGAAGACCUUCAACAUUCAGUUACAAUGAGAGUGAGGAUGCCUACACAACUGUCUCUUCUGAUGAACGCCUAAGACCCUCUUGUCAGGCACUCGGCUCUUCCGAGCAUGAGGCAGCUCGUAUUGCUCUCCCACAAGCUCUUCUCGCCAGGAUGAUUCGACAAUACCCCAGAGGCCAUGUGUUCAACUACGACACCGAUGGAAAUCUACUCCAAGAAGAACUGCCUGAUGAUUCGACUCGUCAUCAACAAAACAACAAUGACUGGGGAAACUUACAUAACAGACAAGACCACAGGUUUCGAGUUCAGCAGAGAGAAGCAAAUAUUCUCCUCGAAACGUUCCCUGGUGCUCGAAGCAUUGCAUUCGUUCCUGUCUGGGACCUGAGGAAGAAACGAUGGUCUGCUGGUGGCUUUAUUCACACUUACAAUAUCAAGCGUACCUUCACAAUCGACCUCGACUUGAGUUAUCUCAGAGCUCUUGGUAUGCUCGCAGCGGCCGAGGCUUUCAAACUGGAAACCCUAGCUGCCGACAAGGCCAAGACUGAUGCCCUUGGGUCACUGUCUCAUGAGUUGAGAUCACCGCUUCAUGGUGCUGUUCUGAGCGUUGAGUUGCUUAACGAUACAGAACUGACUAUUCCACAACAAAACAUUGUUAGGAUCAUCGAAACAUGCUGCCGAACACUGUCCGAUACGAUAGACCAUUUACUUGAAUAUUCCAAGGUUAACAAGGCUUUACCUCAAGAAGCAACUCGAGAGACCCAGGCAGACGGAAGUGGUAUCAACAGAUCCUCGUCCGUUAGCAUAGCCUCGAAGCCGUCAAGGAAGGUUGUGCAGCUAGAUGUUCUGGCUGAAGAGGUUCUAGAGAGUGUCUACGCCGGAUUCAAUUUUCAACAGGUCUCCCUUGCCCAGUCAUCUAGCCAAACACCUCGACGACCUGGCCACACAUCUAUCCGCCGAAUGGACACCAUGCAAGCCCUGGAGGAGCUUCAAGCUCCAUCGAAGAAGACAGGGAAUCUGUCAACGAAGAUCGGAGACGUCGACGUUUUCCUGGUCAUCGACUCACGACCAUCGUGGGGUUUCUACACCCAGCCAGGUCCCGUGCGUCGAAUUAUCAUGAAUCUGUUCGGCAACUCGCUCAAGUACACGCAAUGUGGAAUCAUCAAGGUCUCUUUAGAACAGACCAGCGCUUUUGGUGCUGAUGAUAAUGACUGCUGGGUAACCAUUAAAGUCUCUGACACAGGUGUAGGCAUUAGCGAGGACUUUCUGCAAAACGGUUUGUUCAAACCGUUCUCGCAAGAGAAUCACUUGUCCCCUGGCACAGGUCUUGGACUUAGUUUCGUAAAGCAGAUAACUGCACAGUUUGGAGGUCACAUCUCUGUCGACAGCCGAGUUGGCGUCGGUACUACAGUAACAGUGAGACUACCGAUGAAGCUUGGUGACAACUGCCAUCACAAUGUCUGUGAGAUUCGGCAACGAGAAGAAGAGUUCGACGCGCAGACAGAAAAGCUUCGAGGGCUUCGGGUCAGACUGGUUGAUUUCAACAAAGACUCCGUUGCAGGAGGCGGUUCCGCACAAAGAACGAUUGAAUCCCCUGACCAACUUGUGCAAGAUUUGUGCAAGGAAUGGUUAAACAUGCAGGUCAACACCACCUCGGAGACACCUUGCUUCAUGGCAGAUCUCGCAAUUUGGUCUGAGGAGGGGUUUGAAAGACCCAGUGUUCCGCAGGAGGCAGUCCCGGAUAUUCCAAACAUUGUGCUGUGUGCCAAUGCUGUUACUGCCCAUCAGUAUGCGACUGGCACAAAGACAAUACCACGCCCCGGAGUUUUCGAGUUCAUCUCACAGCCACUCGGUCCUCGAAAGCUUGCCAAAGCAUGUUCACUAGCCUUGUAUCGCUGGACAGUCAUGCAAACAUCUCCCCAAUCUCCAACAUCAGCAUCAACAGAGCCCGAAUCUUUGAGCAUCGUCACCAGCACUGCUCCUUCACUAACAAACCCAAGCUCACCCUUCCCCGCGAGCGAAGAUGAAACUCCAACGCAGCCAAAAGGCUAUUUCAGAGCAUCCGAGUUCCUUCUCGUUGACGACAAUUUUAUCAACCUCAAGAUCCUCUCCUCAUACAUGAAGAAGCUCAAACAGCCAUAUCAAACAGCUUCAGACGGUUUAGAAGCUGUCACAGCCUAUGAGGCAGACCCUGGACGGUAUAGUUGUAUCUUGAUGGAUAUUUCGAUGCCGGUCAUGGAUGGGUUUGAAGCAACGAGGAGGAUUCGUGCUUUUGAGUCACAACAGGGGUUGAGGCCUGCUCUGAUACUUGCUUUGACAGGGCUGGCUUCUGAAGAGGCGCAGAGAGAGGCUACUGUCAGCGGAUUGGAUUUGUUCUUGACGAAGCCUGUGAGGUUGAAGGAGUUGGGACCCAUUUUAAGAGCCAAGGGGGUUUUGGAGGAGGAGUCGAACCUGGGCUGA